AUGACAUCAGUACGAAUGUGUGAUCUCAACUGAAUAAUUUCGUUUUUAACUUGUUCAAUUAUAAAGAAAAGGUUUAAAAGAAUGAUAAUGGGAUGCCUGUCUAGGAGUAAAGGACUGGGGCGCACUCAAGUUUUGGCGCGAACAGGAAACAAAAUGGACGAACACUUGAUCUUGUUGUGAUUGUGAUGAAGAGUAAAGUUUCUUAGUUUUAGAAGUGGAUUAGUAAUGGAUGAAGAUUUGAUUCCUGGUCUAGGGUCAACCCAACGAGAUGACAGUGACGAAGAAAUAGAAAUAACGGCCGCCGAAGUGCUUGAAAAGUUACAAGAGGCAUGGAACAAUGAGAAAUUUUCGCCAGAACUCUUAGAGAGCAAGUCUGAUCUUCUAGAAUGCAUGCUAGAUCAAAUCAAAGGAAUGGAGAAAAAUUUAGAGAGAGUAAAACAGAAAAAUCUUGUAGCAACAUUCCACAAACUUGAGAUAGACAGAAUACGUUAUGUCCUUAGCAGCUAUCUUAGAACUAGGCUACAAAAGAUUGAAAAACAUGUUGUGCAUAUACUUGAACAAGAAGCUAGUCGUGAUGCAGAUGAGCCAUCACGCCUCUCACCAGAGGAGUUGCAGUAUGCUAAAGAAUAUGCAGAUAACAUGGAAAGUUUGUUCAAAAGCUUAGUACUUCAACACAUGCCACCAAACAUGCAAAGUAUAGACAGGAAAAAGUCUGUUCCAAGACCAAAUCUUGAUAGUUAUGUGUUUUUUAAAGUCUUGGAGGACCAGGAGCAAGUGAUGAUUGAUCCAGAAGAGCAGCCAAUUGACCUUGAAAAAGGUGCACAGCAUAUCAUGCGGUACUCUGCUGUAGCUCCACUGCUGGCAAAUGGUUCAAUUGCAUUGUUGUAGAUUAUGACCCUGAUUUGUUAGUGCAAGGUGGCUUGCACUAACAGAUCCUGUGAUUUUUGGAUGGUAAACUCGUGCACACAAGUUUUUAGUGGCAAAAUAACCACAAAAAGUAACUUAUUUGGCGCUUAUGUAUAAUCCAAAAAGUUUCUUUUGUCAGAAAGGCCUUGUUUUCAUCUCAGAUUUUGUUUUUUCUUUUCUUUUUUAUUUUUUCAAUAUUUACUUGAAUAACAUCCUCCCUCAAAUAAGUGCCCCUUUUGAACCAAAACUGUUAAUAAGCACCUCCCCCGAAUAAGACUUGUAUGGGUGCUGAAAGGGAAAUGAGUGAGUAAAAUGGGCCUAUACAGUAAUACCCAGGAGAGAUCCCAAAUAGACAAGAAUGAAAUGAGUGCACUAUGAAGUCUGUCUUUAAUUUUACAUUUUUAAUCAUUAUAAAAAUUCUCUUGCGUACUAGAAUAAAAACCGAGUGCUUCGGUUACCUGGGGUGUAGCAAAUUCUCAUCCUGAACUCAACUGCGAAACUUUAAAUUUGAUUUUAUUUAAAAUGUCAGCCUGAUCCUUUUUCCAGCAUGGUAAAUGAAUUAAGACAUUAAAGCUAAAUUAUUGCAGACAGUGAUUUUUAGCUACUGUUUUCCUAAUCCAAUUUUACCAUGGCACCAAUGACGCAGAAUCCCAGACUAUAUUGGCAUAUUUACUAAAUAUUUGUCUUACGAAAAUGUACAUGUGACCUAAGCACCAUGAAUAUCAAUUGCAUAAAAAAAUAGUUGACGGGGAGAGAAAAAAAGAAGAAAUUGAAUCCACUUGAAAGGUUUGAUAAAGAAAUAUAACAGUAAUGCCAAUAAUUGCAUUGAGCACUUUUUUAACAGUUCUUUUUUCCCAUUAUCUUAAUGUUUUGUAAUGCCACAUAAUUCAGUUGUAUGCUGCAAGUUGUUGAAUAAAUUAUUAUUGGCAAAAAAA